CACAUAUAGUGAGGAUAAGAUUAUGUAUGAAGAGAAAUAAAGGUAAAGGAAGGAGAGUGGUCACUCUGCUUCAGCCAUGAGUUGCUCCAUAGCAAUACUAAAUUCUAUAUCCACUCCUUAUUUUAAUAAAUGUUCUACAAGAAGCUUAUUUAAAUGGAAUUUUGGGAAAAAUAACAAGACUGAUGAUAAUCCACAAUUUACAUAUCAUGAUCUUGAUCUCCCUUUUCCUCCUUCCCUCCUCACCAAAACAUUCUUGAAAGGAAGGGAACUGAAAUGCUGCUAUAAGGCAUCAGUGGAUGGAUUUAGUGCAACUGAAUUCCAUAACAGAUCUGAUUUCAAAGGACCAUGUGUGAUCAUUGGCUACACAACAAAGGCCUUUAAGUUUGGAGCAUUUAAUCCAGAAGGCUACAGAAGCACAGAUGAUUAUUACGACACUUUUGAUGCAUUUCUCUUUUAUUGGGAUGAAGAUGUUGAAAAACCAAUAAUGUUGCCUAAAGUAGGGGGAAGUGGUGCUGCUCUAUUUGAUUAUGCUAGAGGAGGUCCACAGUUUGGUGCUGAUGGAUUGCUCAUUGGUCCUCCAUUGGCUCCUGUCAUGGGUGGAUUUGCUGGACCUGAUACGAAUUCUGGGGUUGGUGAUUUAAGGCAAGCUAAGUCAAGAUUGGGACUUUCUUAUGCUAAAAGGCCUGAUGGUAAAGAAUCAUUGUUUGGAGAUGAGUCUAAGGCUGUUAUUGAUGAAGUUCUUGUGUUUUGUAGUCCUCAAAUUGCUAGCUUAUAUUGAUUCUUCUUGUUUUCCAUGAAGUUUUCGGUCUUUUUGGCAAAAAUGGAUGUCAAAACUAAUUAAAAGUCUUAGUGAUGGAAGUGACUAGAAAAAUAUGAAUUAAUAUACUAGGUUAUAAAAUGAAGAGAAUCCUUGGAGCAAUGGUAAAGUUGUCCUUGUGUGACCUAUAGGUCACAGAUUUGAGCGGUGGAAUCAGCCACUGACCCUUUGAGUGUAGCCCUUCCCUGAUCCCUGCAUGAACGCGGAAUGCUUUGUGCACCAUGCUACCUUUAUAUACCAGGUCAUAAGAUGUAGCAAUGUAAAUUUCACAUUUUUUGUACAGAGAUGGCUGCAAUAGAUUCUCUGUUCUGUGUUUCUCCCAAAUUUAAUUUCUCAAGUUAUUCAACUCAAGAAUGAAUUGAGUGACUCUAUACAGAUAGAAAUGGUCUAUAUUCACCCCUGCUGUGAACUAGCAGCUAAGUCAGUAGCUAAUUUGGAGAUAUGUGUUCUUUUGGUUUGCUAUGUUCCCAGUUUGUUACUGAUGGAGAUGUUUACUAUUUACUGUAAAUAAUUAUAUUGCCAUCAUUCUUCAAUGGGACCAACUAGUGGAGCAUUAUUUUAAAGCACAGGCUAAAAAGAGUACAUUAAAGAAAACAUAGAUGAGUCCAAAAAGGAGAUCUAGAUUUAUUGAGAGACUAUUUGCUUAAUGAUAAAGGGGCGACACGCUUCGUUGAUUCCUCUCUAGCUAUCUACCUAUGGUAUUAUGUCUGAACUAAUAGGGGGCGGGAAAGACGAAUGGUUAAUCAGUUAGUGUACCUAUCUUUCUUUCUCUUUUUGAGUUAAUGGCUUCUGAUCUUUUGAUUACACUUUUCUAAAGCUUUGUUAAUGUUAGGAGGAAUAGUUUGGAGGACAUCUUUUGAAGUUGAGUUCAAGGAGGUAUAAAGUAGCAAUUGAUUGAUUCUCACUUUUAUGUGGCUUGCUUUUGUAUUUCUUCUUGAUUGGUUUAUCAACUUCAUCAGUUAAGUUACCUUGAUUCCUUCCAGCAUCAGAUGUUUCCGAGGCAAGAAAUAAUUACUGUUUAGUCUUGAGAA